AUGCACGGCAGUGACUGCGUCAAGGUGGCCGUCAGAGUGCGACCAUUAAACAAGAGAGAGAGGGAUGCAGGCAGCCACUGCAUCAUCUCAAUGGUGUCGACCUCCAUCAGCAUCUGGGACCCACGUGACUCCCAGAACCAGCGCUCGUUCUGCUUUGAUUACGCCUACUGGUCGUGCAGCAGCUUCACCAGGGACCACAGCGGUCUCUAUGUGCCAGAGGAGCCGGGGGGGCGCUACGCUGACCAGGACAGGGUGUUCCAGGACUUGGGAGAGGGAAUCCUGGAAAACGCAGUGCAGGGCUACAACGCCACCUUGUUAGCGUACGGGCAGACGGGUUCGGGGAAGAGUUAUUCAAUGAUGGGCUACGGGCCAAACAAAGGCCUGAUUCCUAAACUCUGCGACCGACUGUUCCAUGCUAUCAGAGAGAACCAGGAAAACAGACCGUGUCAGGUCUUUUUCAGCAUGUUGGAGAUCUACAAUGAGCAGGUGGUCGACCUGCUGUCUCGGGGGUCUCGUACUCCAGGUGGACUCAGGGUCAGAGAAGAUCAGCUGAGAGGAUUCUACGUGGAGGGUCUGCGGACCAUCCCCUGUGAGAGUGCGGCACAGGUGGAGCAGUUGAUGGAACAAGGGACCAGGACUCGAACCACGGCUGCCACUCACAUGAAUGCCAACAGCAGCCGCUCACACAUGCUCAUUAUCCUGCAGCUCAAACAGAUCUUCUCUAAAGAGAGCAUCACUAAGCAGUCCAACAUCAACCUGGUGGACUUGGCCGGCAGCGAGCGUCAGCGCUCAUCGGGAUCCGAAGCUGACAGACUGAAAGAGGGCACAGCCAUCAACCUGAGCCUCACCACCCUGGGCAACGUCAUCAGUUCCCUGGCUGACAUGGCAGUGGGGAAGAAGGUCGUCCACAUUCCUUACAGAGACUCGGUUCUCACCAAGUUGCUGCAGUCGGCACUGGGAGGCAACAGUCGCACUGUUAUGAUAGCCACCCUGAGCCCUGCUGAUAUCUGCUAUGAGGAGUCUCUCUCCACUUUGCGCUAUGCUGAGAGGGCGAAGCGGAUCCAGAACCGGGCAGUGGUGAACGAGAGCCCCACUGAACGCAUCGUUAAAGAGCUCAGGGCCGAGAACGCCAGACUCCUGCAGAGACUGUGCCGAAUGGGCCACGAAGGACGCAGGGCCAGCGACGAGACCAAGGAGCUUCGUCAGCUGCUGACCCACAACGAACUCCAGAUCAGAGCCAUCCAGACUCUGUGGGAACAACACCUGCAGGAGGCGCUGAAAGACUGGGAGCAGCAGUAUGCCAACAUCACGCAGGAGAGGAGGAUGAUGCAGUUGCAUCCCUACAUCCUGAACAUCAACGAAGAUGCUCAGCUCUCAGGGGUGGUGAAGCUUUUCAUCCAGGAAGGCGAGUGGCACAUUGGACUCUGUGACUCACUCCCAAGAUCCAUCUCCAUUAAAGGCUUAGGGAUCCAAGAGCGUCAUGCUGUGUUCAGCAAUGAACAGCGGCGGGUAACACUGACUCCUCUGGCAGGGUCAAAGGUUAUCGUCAAUGGCAACGCCAUCUCCCAAACAACUGAGCUGCAGCACCUGGAUCGUCUGAUUCUGGGUUCCAACUGCACCUACCUGUUCAUUGGUUUUCCAUCCGAGAGGGGCGGAGACGACUGGAGCCGCUACGAUUAUGAUUAUCUCCAGUCAGAACUUGCAGCUGCAGAGGGAAUCCACCUAGGUGAAGCCAGCGCUGGAUAUAACCAGACGGAUCCCAGCCUGCUGGCCGUCUUCUACGACUACAUCAAACUGAUGCCCAUGGUGGUGGAGGCCAAUCAGAUGAGUCAAGAACUGAACAAGCGGGUGGAGUUUAAGCUGGAGAUCAAGAACCUGGCUCUCUCAGACCCCAAAGGUCACGAUCUGCAGAAGGAAAUUGUUGUCAGAGUCACGUCUAAGGGAAAUAAGCAGGUUUGGAUGUGGUCCAAGGCCAAGUUUGUGAACCGCAAGUUUCUGAUGGAGGAGGUCUACCAACAAUACCAGGCUGAGCAAAGUGGAGACGACGUAUCGGCAGCGCCAAGCGUUGCUUUGCCCAGAGAUAAAGACCCUUUCUGGGAUCCAGUUGAGCCUCUGCUCCUCGGUAGCGCUCACCUCUGGCUCCAGUCUUUGGCCUUUCACAUCCCUCUGGAAGAGCAGCUAGAGGUGUUGGGGUCAGAGGGCACAGAAGAGGCUGUUCUACAAGCACAGCUGGUCCCCUGCACCUCCACUGGACUCCCUCUGGGUGAGGACGACAUCUUAAUUGACCCGUCUGAAGUGCUGGGUCGACAGCUGGACUUCCAGCUGUUCCUGGAUCAGUGUUAUGGGGUUCGCUGGAUACGGGAGGCCCGCAAUCGAGGCAUCCAGAUUGGCUUCAGGUUUUAUGACUGCCGUCAGCCGCUCUACACGCCAGCUGUUUGGCAUAAUGUUAAUCCGCUGUUGGACCACAGGGUCCACUUUGCCUCGUUCCACACCUCCCAGCGGCUUCUGGACUACCUGCAGAGCAGUGCGGUUGUUCUGGAGCUCUGGGGCCUCCAAGACGGAUGCACUCACUUGAGAUCAUCUCUGGAAGCAGUGAGGAUGACUGCAGAGGGCGUCUUCAUCAUCGAUGAGACCGGCCCAGCAGAAGCUGCACCCGUGGCCUCUGCAGAGCUCGGCUGCUCAGUCAGAGCUCUGCAACAAGACUUGGAGGAACUGAAGAGCGUUAACGCCUCAUUGAGGAAAGAAAAUCACAGUCUGAGAGAACAACUCAACACAACCAGGAAUGGUGUGGAAGGAGGGCGUGGCCGGCCACUGCGCCCCAGCUGCGACGCAGAGUUUGCUCGCGCUCUGAAGGUUUUCUACCACAGUAUGACCUCAGUACGAGGUCAGCUGCAGCGGCUGCGCAGACACAGGCCCAGCGUACGUUCGGACCUGCUGGGGCUCAGACUGUUUGUGGAUGAACAUAAUCAUCUGCUCAGAGACUUCUCAGAACAUCUGGAGCAGAGCGUCUCUGCACUCAAACAGGAUGUAGCUGCCAUCGUCCGCCGCAAACGGGAACGAUCUGGAGUCUGGUCCUGA